GUACUUUAUUUUAAUAGUAAAAAAUUAAACAAAAAUGAUAGAAAGCAUACAUAUUAUUAGCAAAUCUUUAUUAUUUAAAAUCAUUAAUUACUAUAUAUAUCAUAAUCACAUUAGGUAAUUUCGUAGGUUUUAUUUAUGGAAAUAAUAUAUAAUAAAUAGCUACCUUGUUUUAGUUAAUAUCAUAUGAUAUCAUAUAGUUGGUAUUAAAUGUUUCUAGUGAGAUAUAAAAAUCGAAUUGGACCAACAUGUUUUUCAAUUUCAAUGUGAGUCUGACAUGUAGGACUAAUUAACUACCUAAUUGAUUGACACAUAAGCAAAUGAUCUUUUUUAAUUAUUACAAAAUAGAUGUUACAUCUUUUCAAAUGUUACUCAAUUAAUAUAUAGGAGAUUGGAUGAUUUUGAAUUUGAUUAGUCAAAUGCUUGAAGCUGAUGAUGAACAGUGUAUUUUUAGGACAAGGAGAUCUCUCAUCUUUGUAGUUGUGGUUAUUAUUCAGAUUAAAAAAUUUUGAAGGUACUACAACACGGUGUCGUUCAAACUCGGUGAAGCAAUCUACUAGUAAGGUCAACAAGCAGAGCAGAGUUACAGAAUUUAAGAUUAGUAACAUUAACUCAUAAAAGCCCGGUAAGCAACUUGCCCGAGACAACGAAAAUGUUAUGAAAUAUUUAAAAAUGUUUUGAAAAUUGGCCAAGCCCAUAUAUCGGUUCAUAAAUCAAAUAUAUUGAGUUCUUAUUGCUUAUGUUGUCUUUUGGGUAUAUUUAAAUAACGAUGUAAUAUAGCUAUUGGAAUCAUGUUCUAUCCGUCCCAAAUCUUCAAAUGUCGAUCGAUAAUAUGGAUUUGCUAUCCUUUGCACCUGACAGUACCAAAGUCCGUACACAACUGUCAGCAGUAUAAUUUAAAUUUAUGAUGUGGUGUAUAAUCAAUCGUUAAUGGCGUCCAUUCUUUUUGGAACCCCCGUGUCUUGUGGUGUUGGUACAUGCAGCGUGAAGAUUUAGGAUUUUUUUUAUUCUCUCUUUCUCAAUAGUAUCUUUCACGUUUUUAUCUAAAUUUGAUAUUUUGAGCCCUUUUAUCUAUUUUGUCCGUAUGCUCCAUGUGCUUAUAUUCUCUAUAUGACAUUAUCAAAAAUAUACUACCGUUAAAAUUACAAACAAAAAGUAAAACUACAGAAUCUGAUUUCGUUGGUUGAUGUUAUGGUGUAUCAUAUGAUCAUACGUCGAAAAGGAAUAUCUACAAAGUUUGGUACAUUCCUGAUUUCUGAGAUUGUGUGAAACUCUGGAGAAAAAAUGGAUGUCUCUUUAAAAUCCUUUCCUUGAUAUUAUUGUGAAGAUUUUAACUAAGAUGAUCUUAUAUCCAGAGCUAUACUACAUUAAUAAGAAUUAUUAUAGUUGGUUUAAUAUAUUGAGGUGCAUAUAUUUGUAGUGCUUAUAAACAAAAUUGCAUCCCAUAAUAUUUUGUGACUAUAAAAAGAACACAUGCAAUAGAUCGUAUAAAAAGUAUAAAUCUCGCAACAAGAAACUGGCCACUUGCGCAACGAAACAAAUUGUCACUUGCAUGAUUUUCCAGCAUUGUUUUAUAACUUUAUAGAAUUGGGUUGAAAAAGAAAAUGAAGUGCUACUAAAAUAAAUUUAUCAUUUAAUUUCUUACAAAAUGACUUGAAUUUAUAUCAACUAUAUUGAUUUUAAAGAGACCAAUAAAUAUUUUGUAAAUGAAUAGUAAUUUGGAUUUCCAUUAUCAUUGUAAUUUCUGUAAUAGUUUUCAGUGUAUAUAAACUACAUAAAAAUAAUUAUCUCUUUGUUUAGUUAACAUAUCUUAUCUGCUGAAUGCUGAUACUCUUUAUCCUAACCAGUUAUAAAAAAACUUAUAUAAUUAUAAUAAUUAUUGUUAUUAUUAUUAUUAUUUUAAAGAUAAAACUAAUACUGUAUCACCAAAAUAAACCAAAUAAUACAAAAUCUUUCACCAAUAUGGCAAAGACUAAAUGGAAAAUGUCGGAACACGUCAACUUUCAGUAUUACCGGAUUUCCAAAUAUACAUACACAUAAACACCAUCCUUUCUAACAUUAUCAUCUAUAUGUAAAAAGAUAAAGUCAGAAACUAUGGUGACACCUUUCCUUACAAACUAUAACUGAGUUAAAACCAUAAACAAUUUGAGUAACAAAUCAACAAAUCAUCUCCUCUAACAUAACCAUUCACUUACUAUAUGUAAAAAGGAUAAAACAGAAAAUAUGUGGCGACACGUUUUUAGUUUUAAAAUCUGUUGUUUCCAUUAUAGUCGAAGAAAGAUAAUAUUUACAAACCAAAAUGUUAAUCGGACGGCUGCGGAGGCACCGCAAGCUAUCACCAACGGUUGUCAGCCAUCCAAUAUCUCAAGAAUUAUUCAGGAAAAUGAAACGUAGUAUAUUGUAUUGAAUUGUUCUGAUAUAUAUCGGCUGACGUGUGCCGGGCCCACUUAGUUAAUUUUGUUUUAAGACAAAAAGUAAACUAGAUUGUAACAGAGGACUUUGGUUUUAUGUACCCUAUAUAAAGCUAUCUUGCUCCAGCUAUUAUUUUUCAAUGUAUAUUGAAUUCACUCUUUCUCUUUGGUUUUUCUUUCUGGAUUUCGUUGUUGAUUAUUUUGUUUUGAUUCUGGCAAUGGCUAUGGGGAAGCUUUUGUCGCAGCGUUUGUUCAACAUCUCUAAGAUGUCGUUGCAAGGUCUCAUGAACUGUCGAAUUUCCUCGUCUUCGUUAGCCGUGCGGACCAGGGUUCCCAAAGACCCAGGAGAAGCCACGGUUGAUCCGGAGCCUGGUGAUGUGUCGGUGUCACGUAGGUUUUGGCAGAACAUCGCCGUGAAUUGGAUGGAUACGACUCUGAAGGUGCCGGUUAGGGAGAGUUUGAUGGAUAAGCUUCGAGAGAUGGAUGUGAACAAGGGCCGGAUUCGAUUAGACGGACUUUCACCUCCGAUGAAACCCGCGGCGGAGGAGGAGACGUUGGCUUUGGGGCUUACCGUGCAAGACGCCAAGAAGUUGCUUAGAGCUGCGCAGAUUGAAGUCGUGAAAACGAAGCUGAUGGAGACAGGGCAAAGCUGGAUCCCUUACUCUGAUUUCGUCAGCGUCUGCAAUGAUUCUUGUUCCGAUCCUGCUCAUGGAAGUUGGAUAGGGAAGAUGCUUGAUGAUUCAGGAAACGUCAUCGUUCUGGGAGAUUAUGUGUGCUUGAGACCUGAUCAGGUAACCAAAUCCAUUGAGGGCCUGCUUCCUUUAACACAGAUCCGUAACCCAAAGGACCCAAGAAAAAAGGAGCUAAAAGAGCUUGAAGCCAUAAAGAAGGUCAUUGACCAGAAAUCACAUUUCUUGGUGAGGAGAGAGCUUCAGGCUGGUCUUGGUUUCAUGAUCCUCCAGACCGCAUUGUUCAUGAGGCUAACCUUCUGGGAACUCACAUGGGACGUUAUGGAGCCAAUAUGUUUUUAUGUCACAUCUAUAUACUUCAUGGCCGGUUACUCUUUUUUCCUCAGGACCUCAAAAGAGCCUUCCUUUGAAGGGUUUUACCAAAGCAGGUUUGAGGAUAAACAGAGGAAACUGAUGGAGGCUCAAGAUUUUGAUGCUGGGAGGUACGAUGAGCUGAAGAAGCUGUUUAAUCCAAAGCCUUCUUCAGCUUGUGUUUCCAAGAUUCUUGGAACUAUACAGAAUUAAUCUUUGAUGAAGGGCAUAUUGUUACAUACCGUGAUGUCUCGUUGUCCUAACCCGAGAAAGAUAUUCUAUUAACAACCCAAAAACUUUGAAAGAAAAGAAAGAAAACAAAGUGUUCGGAUAGGUGCGGCUUAACAUCUGGAAGAGUAGAUAAAAUAUCUAAUAUGAUGUAUACAUAAUAAAAAUAUCGAAACUAUUAUCAUAGUUUUUUCUAACAAAAUCUCCAUGCAUAUGAACUUCGAUUUCUAAAGUGUGAAGUUCUUAAUUUUUUAAUUGGAUAAAAUUAUUGAUUGUAUUACACUAUUA